AUGUUGGCUCGUGUCGUUGCCCUCGUGGCAUUCAUCCAGUUGAUCGCUGCUUCAGCGUUGACUUUCAACCUUCCUGCUAAGGAGAAGGCGUGUUUUUACAUUUUCACCCUGCAGCCACGUACCCAGGUCAGCUACUACUUUGCAGUCCAGCUGGGCGGUGAUUUCGAUGUGGACUACAUGAUCAAGAGCCCUACUGGCAGAGUUGUCUACCAGGACACCAAGCAGAGACAGGGCAACUUUGUGUUUGACGCCGAGACCGUUGGUGAGUACGAGUUCUGCUUCCUGAACGAGAUGUCCACUUUUGCUGAAAAAGUGGUGGACUUUGAGAUCAAGCACGACAGCGCCAACCAGAAUCAGUACAAAGCGCUGAUGCCAGAGCCCAGCAAUCAAAAGCCCCAGAGGCACGUGGAGGGCAUGAAGAGGACCGCUGACGAGAUCGACAGACAGUUGGACGAGCUCAAGUACGCCUUGCAGUACUACAAGACGAGAAACAACAGAAACCAGGCCACCGUGCGCUCCACGGAAUCCAGAAUCUACUACUUCUCCAUCUUGGAGGUGCUUCUCAUGGUCGGAAUGGCCGUCUUGCAGAUCUCCAUCGUCCAGUACUUCUUCAAGGGCUCCAGAAAGCAGCUCGUGUAG